AUGCGCCGACUCGCGACGUGGCUCCUGGCGCCGACGACGAUGGCCGCGCCGCUGUUUCGGCUUGACGACGCGGAGCUCGCGGCGCUCGUCCAGCUCUACGACAAGUGCGCGACGCAGCCCUCGUCGGCGGUCAUUCAGACGUGGUGCACGGGCGAUGGCCGCUGCGGUGCCAACGUCACGACGCAUCCGUGCACCGGGCGGCUGCUCGAGGCCAGCAACUUAACGACGCUGGCCGCGCUUCCGCACCGCUUCCCGUGGUUUGGCAUCACGUGCGACCCAUUCACGGACCCUGUCUCGGUGGUCGGCGUCGCGCUGCCGUACCAAGCGCUGGUGUGCAACACGCUAGAUCUGGACUUUUCAGCGUUCGCGCGUCUAAAGCUCGUGAACUUGGAAGGCAACACGAUCUCGGGGACAGUCCCGACAUGGGUUCCCUUGCUGCCGGACCUGGAAGUCCUCAACCUCAACUUUAACAACCUCUCGGGGGAUGUGCCAGCCGCGAUUGCCGACGCGCCCAAGCUCCAGGAGCUCAGCCUCGCCGGCAACGCUCUACGUGGCCCACUCCCGCGUGGGCUUGAGAUCCCGCCGUUGGAGCUGCUCGACGUCGGCAACAACAAGCUACAUGGACCGCUGCCACCAGCAUUGCUACACAGCACGACGCUCCGGUACUUGGAUCUGAGCGGCAACGCCUUGGACGGACCGAUCCCGACAGCGCGCCUGCCCCGCUUGGAGCAUUUUGAUGUUGCCUUCAACCAACUCAGCGGACCGCUGCCACCCGAUCUCAGCGACUGGGGCCGCCACGACAGCAACUCGAUCUCGGCGCUGACGUACUUUGACGUGAGCAACAACCGUCUCACAACGCGCUUGCCCUCCGAUUUGGGCGACUUGGACCUUCUCGAGCACUUUUCGAUCGCCAACAACUCGCACGUUUACGGUCGACUCCCGCGCCUGCCACCGCUGCUCACCGCGGACGCUGUCAUGCUCGGCGCCAACCUUAGUUGCCCGCUGCCCGACCUACCGGGCCACGACUGGGGUGACAUGGCAUGCGUCUGCGGUGACGGCAGUGCCGUCAUGGCCGAUGGCACUUGCGCGCUCUGUCCAUCGGGCACGUACUCGAAUGGGCUCGUCCACCAAGCGUGUACUGUCUGUGACGUCGGAUCGUUUUCGCCGCCCGGUGCUGACGCUUGCUCGCCCUGUACCUCUGGGACGUUUGCCAAUGCAACGGGUGCCGCAGCGUGUACACCGUGCGCACUCGGUUCAGUGUCUGUCACUGGCGCACCGGCGUGUCGCCCGUGCGCACCUGGCACGACAUCGACGCUGACGGCCGACGCCUGUGUCCCGUGUCCGCCAGGGACCUUUUCCUCGGACGGCGGCACGUGUGUGCCGUGCCCCGCCGGCGCUGCCGCUCCAUCGCCCGGGACGACGCAGUGCACUCUGUGUCCGUCGUCGACGUUUGCGCCUGUCGGUUCCGUGUCGUGCUUACCAUGCGCCACCGGUUUUGUCGCCGACGGCGUUGGCAAUGCAGAGUGCCUUGCUCAGCCUCCCAGCGGCUGGGGCUGGGUCAACCGCAGCACGACCGCACCGUGCACCGCUGGCACCUUCAACAACGGCUCGUUCGCGACAUGUCAAGCCUGCGCAUCGGGCACCGCUAUAGCCGUCGAUCAAGCAAGAACCUGCGAGCUCUGCGGUCUUGGUACAUACGCACCUCGUCGCGGCAGCACCACUUGCCUUCUCGCCCCCGUGGGCACUAGCAUGGCGUCCACUGGCGCCCGACGCCCGGAUCUUUGUGUCCCAGGUACCUUUGCCGACCGCAGCGGCCAAGCUUCCUGCGCGAUCUGCCCCACCAACACGACAUCGACAUUACCGGGUGCGGUGCAGUGCACCAUACCAUCGGUGGGCCACGUCCUUCAGAACACGUCGUGGCCGCAGCUGCUGCUUACGCUGCCCGUGAACGCGUCCUUUCUCGAUGCAAACGCACAGAAGCUUGCGUCGUUCGUCGCCAUUGCGUGGACGUUCUUGGAGCUCCAGUGCACGCCAAUCAUCCUGUCGGUGCUCGAAAACGAAUUCGCACCCCGGGGCACACAGUACGCUGGCAACCACAGCGUCAGCGUGCGCGUCGUGCUCACAUCGUGCGUGCCGCUCUUGACACUGGACGAUGUGCUCGACACGAUUGCGCUGCCUGUCGCGUCGGGGCAAGUGGCGUGGAUCCUACGACUGCUGUGGCAACCGCACGGCUGGCCCAACGUCCUCCCGUCCAUCGACCUCUUGCGCUUUUUUGACUCGAUGCAGCCCGCGCCGUGCCUGGCUGGCACGUUCUGGGCCCGUGGCGACUGCCAUCGGUGCCCCGCCGGGUCGUUCUCGGCGACACAAGGUGCGCUGAGUUGCACCCCGUGCAGUAUCAACACGGUGACGUCGUCGCCGGGGUCCACGGCCUGCGCUGCUUGCUCCAAGCACACGUACGCGGCAGCGCCAGGGUCCGUAUUGUGCGACGACUGCCCGCUCUUUGCACUGACGUUGGACCCGCAGUGCCGGGCGUCGCUCGACGCACUUAUCUUUUACCCGUGCGUAGGUCUCUGGCUGCUCUACGCAGCGUACGGCAGCUGCCGUCGGCACGUCCUUGGCUUGUCGCCGGCGUCCGAGAUGCUCCUGGAGGCCUACCGCACCAAGAACAAGCAGACGGUCAACACGGUUCAGUACCCACUUCCGCGCAUCAUCUCGCGUCAGAGUUUGCAGAACCACAAUGCGAAGCAAUGAGUAAUCCACUAAACACUUAUGGC